AUGGGUCUCGUUUAUAUUGGUACACCACUACAAAAGUUUUAUAUAAAUUUUGAUACUGGAUCAUCGGAUUUGUGGGUACCAAAUAAAAUUUGUACACUUUAUGAUCAGCCUCCUACAGCGGAUGAAGUGAAGCCAGUUGAUACAUUUAAUUCAAUGGACAUCAUGCAACAAAUGGGAUUUUCUUAUUUAACAUCUAAUUUACAUAUCAUGAACGCGAUAGCGGGGACAGUGAAUUCAGAUUUGUGCAGUGAUCAAAAUUUUAUAGAUAAGAGUUUACUGUACAGCUUGGCAGCUGGUAUUGUCCCAACUCUGAUAUCAAGAAAUACCAAUAAUAGAUUAAUUGAUCCAACUCUUAGUUCAGUCACAUCGGUUGAAUAUAUUCCCUGUGGUGGUUCGUGUGAAGGUGGAUCAUUUGCUCGUCUAUUUCAACCAGAUGGCAGUGUUGAAGUUGAUUUUCUUGUUGUGCCUGUUAGAAUUUCCAGUCAAAGUCAAAUCGUUGAUUUAUCUUAUGCACCUGGUUUUGUUAACAUUCAUCAUGAUGAUGGAGAAAUUGGAUCAAAAUUCAAGGAAUUUUUUCAUAAGAAUUCUAAUAAUCAUAUUUAUUUUGAUGGCGUUCAAUUUAAACGACAUUUAUAUCAAAGUCUAGCAACAAAAAAAUCGCUUUGUAAUCUUGAACUGAGUGAUACAUUUAUUAGUACGAAUGCGAGUGCACCAUGUUCUGUUCUAUUUACACAAGAUCAAUCGACCCUCAAUGAUAUUUAUUCAAAAAUAUUUCAACAAGUCAAACGAAACCAAUAUUCACUAUUACGUCAACAAAUUUUCAAUUAUUCUCAACUUUUACAUAAAUCGGUAAACAGUAUUCAUCAACUAAUGAUGAUUGAUAAUUAUUCGGCAUUUUUUCCCAAUUUAAUAAAUAAUCAGUUAAACACAUUUUUUGCUGCGGCGCCUGAGUUUUUGGGAUCAUCAAUGAAUAAACAGUCUGUUGAGCUUUGUUGCGCAUUCAUGGCACCAGCAUUUGGUAUUCCUUUACCGGAUAAAUUAAAACAAAAAAUAAAAGUUGUUAUCGAUUUUUAUUGUAAAUAUCAACAUCUAUCUGAUCGACAUAUUUGUCAAACGAUUCAAAAAGAUAGGUGUACAAAAAUUGAAUAUGACCAUGUACUUGCACUACAACUCAAUUUUAUUCCUCGUAUACUUGAAGAUUUUCUCAAUCGAGUAGUAAUUCGUCAUUGGUAUUUGAUUGAACAAAUGCUGAAUGAUAAUACUGAUGUGUUCAUCCUCGUCGUAUCAAAACCGUCAAAAAAAUGUCCUAAACCAGUCGAUGAACGAUUUGAAUUUCGUUAUUCAUUCUCAAUGUUAGAGGUGGUUAUUGCCAACAAUCGUACCACUGAAGAGAAAACUUUGAACACUAUUGCUCGUAUAAUAUAUUUUAGGGUGAUACGACCAAUUGUUGUCGAUGAUGAAUACAUACCAUCGUAUUUCGUCAAAACAACGGUAUUAUGGUUAUGUGAAACAAUGCAUCUACAAGAUACGUCAAGAUUCGAUGACGAGGAUUUAAUCACUAUGGGACAGUGGUGGAUGGCAUUUGCAAUUGAAAAGUUAUCAUCGCAUUAUUGCCAGCAUUACUUUUUAUCUGAUGUGAAUAUAUUGGAACAUUACAGUUCAAAAUUAGUGCAAACAGUAUCAAGAACGUUACAAUCGUUAACUAACCUUCCAAUUUUCGAUAAUGAUACCAUUGACGUAAUCGAACAGAACGAUUUCGACUUCGAUGAAGAUGACAUCAAACGUAAACAACAAGAAGAAGGAAUUGCAUACGAUAAAUAUCGCGAAAUGUUAGUAAAUGAUUUUCCUCAUUGUCGUCAUGUACUAUACAAUAACGAGAAAUGCUUCUUGAACGCCUACCGUUCGUGUGAAUUUGGUUCAGUUAAAUUUUGGCGACAAUGGGAAGAGCUAUUUCUUGAUUUUGUACCAAGCGAUAAAAUCGAACCAUAUACAUAUUCAAGCUUUGAUGAGAUACCAUUCAGUAAAUUUUAUGCAACCUUGUAUGCAAGCGUUAUUCAACUGAAAAAUGUUAUGACAGUGUUACCAUAUUUGAACCACAAAUUUGAUUUAUCUAACGUUGAUCCAUUUCCACACCUGUCUCGUUUAAUGAAUCAAAUCAUACCAAAUCUCUUUAAUAAACUUCAUAAUGAACAUGGUGGAACGGAGGGAGAUAAUAAUUCGCAUAACAUACCCUAUGGUCCAAAUUUCGCUUAUAAUCAGGUAUUGGAAUUUAUGAAGAAAGAACGUUAUUUGAACCUAGAUCCAAGUGAAUUACAACAGAUGAAGAAUGAUUGGAUCGGAUGUUCAGAUCAGGUCAACUUACAUCUACCUCCAAAAUGUCAGCAUCCGUAUGGUAAAAGUGGUCAAUGUGGUGCAGACACACCUGAUGGACCAUUACGUGUUCCGGCUCAUCCAAACAUUUAUCGGUGGAUCGAGCAAAUUUGUAAAGAAGAAGAUUAUGCUCGCUGUCGUGGCAUCUUAGAAGUAGGUAGUGGUGUAACAUCCAAAAACCGGCGAAAAGAAGACGAAGACGCUGAUUUCGAUUUGUGUGUAGCCAAAACGGCAUUAGCUAUUGGCGAAAUAGAGUCUGAAGGUUAUCUUCAUCAUGUAAGACGCGUAGCAUAUAAGUAUAUUUUUGAGGUUGGUGGAAAAAAGGACGUUUAAACUUAUAUUACAAGCUUUUUUUUCAAUAUCAUGUCUUAAUUGUGCUUUUUCCUUUUGAUUAAUUAUCUUUCUUUUAUUAACAACAUCUGAUUACUUUUAUAAUGUAACAAUCUAUAUUUUUUUCUAAACUAAUUGGCUUCCAAAAUGGGAAAUACGAAAAUGUAUAAAAAGUCAAUUAACUUGCAAACUGGGAAGCGACCGUUAGCUUGAGUGUAAGAAUUAUUUUUCAUAAAUAUAAGUUAUAUUUAUGAAAAAUAAUUCUUACACUCUUACUUUCUCUUGUACGGAAUCGAAUAUCAUAUGAAAAGAAAAAAAAAUGAAGGAAUAUAUAAUGAAGAGACAGGUAGAACUUUAGUUUGUUCUGUCGGGCUUAUCGAGAAGCAAUAAGAGAGAAAUGAAGACCAAAACAAAGAAAAUGCAAUAUGAAGCAAUGAUGCAAUAUGAAGCAAUGCAAAUGAAAGUAUUAAUGAGGAGAGUAGAUAACCGAUGUCUGAAAAAAACGGAGAAAAUCAUAGAUCAUAAUAUAUUUUGUCUGAUCGUGUGAUAGCGACGAAAGAGAGAAAAGAAACAGUCAAAGUUCAUUAAUUGCCGUUGGACGAAAGCGAUAGGUUUAUUUUGCGUAUAAAGUCAAUAUUUCCUUCAGAACUUUUUCUUUGUUUCCAUUCAUGAGUCAUUUUAAUUCGAAUGUCACGAGGAUGAUGGUUUAAAAUUCAUUCGAUAAUUCUUAGUAAAGAGAUAGCGAGAAAAGCUUCUACUCAAUCAAUGUGAAAACCUCGAGAAAAAAAUACAUACAAGGUAAUUUAUCAAUAUCUUUUCUGAGAGAUAUUAAGACAGUUUUAUAGAACCUUCUCGUUUGUUGUAGUUUCCCGUUCGUUGUGGAGUUGUGCUCAACCUUAAGAUAACGAAGUUUUGAAGAGAAGAAAUUGAAAGAAGAUCAGCAGAAAGAAAUUAAACCUCAUUUUGAGUUGCGAAAAGUGCUGUUUCGGAUUGAGCACCCCACGUCUUGCAGAAAGAGAAAAUCUGCACAAGUUCUUUAAAGAUUUUUUUUCUUGAAAAUUCUUGAUCAAGAACUUGAUCAAGAUUUAUUGAUACCUCUGCACUUGAUGUCCUUGGAAAAACUU